GUAAACACAAUGCGACAUAUCCACAUCUUCAGCAAGAACCACAAAAUAAAGAGUUGGUGGUUAUGAUACGUUGGUUUUUUCAUACGGAACAAAAAUAAUACUUACUCUAUAUCUCUCCUUCACUCUUCCUCUAAAAAGUUUGCAGAUUCUAACUUUUGGAAGUAGAGAUGAAGCUUUUGGAGUUGUUCAUAGCUUCAUCGAAACCAGUUGUGGAGACUUUGUUGAUAACAUCAGUUGGAUUUUAUUUGGCUCUCGACACAGUCAAUCUUCUUGGUCAUGAUGCUCGCAAACAUUUGAACAACAUUGUCUUCUAUGUGUUUAGUCCUUCGCUUAUUGGAAGCCGCUUAGCUGAUAGUGUUACAUAUGAAAGCUUGGUCAAAAUGUGGUUUAUGCCGGUUAAUGUUCUGCUCACAUUCAUGAUUGGUUCGUUACUCGGCUGGAUUGUUAUUGUCAUAACUAAGCCUCCUUCACAGCUUCGUGGUCUCAUCAUUAGUUGUUGUGCUUCUGGGAAUUUGGGGACUAUGCCUCUCAUUAUAAUCCCAGCCAUUUGCAAGGAGAAAGGAGGUCCCUUUGGAGAUUCUGAGAGUUGCGAGAAAUACGGAAUGGGUUAUGUUACACUGUCCAUGACUGCUUUUUUUAUCAGUGUGUAUAAACAUGACACUAAUUGGUAUGUAUCAGGCGGGAACGGUUUACUCAUGGACUUAUAUAUAAAUCUUAUGCGUGUGCUAUCAAACUCUCCCGUUGAAACACACACACACUCUAUUGAAUCCAACUAUGAUGACAGCUGCAAAGUCCAACUAAUUUCUUCCAAGGAAGAAGAAAAAGAAGAAGACAACCAUCAGGUUGGGAGGUGGGAAGAAGUCAAGCAAAGAGUUGUUUCUCUGUCAAAGAAAGUCAACCUUGGGUCAAUAUUUGCUCCAGCAACUAUUGCUGCAAUUAUCGCGCUUGUGAUUGGGCUUAUUACUCCUUUAAGGAACCUAAUAAUCGGCACCGUAGCUCCUUUCCGUGUGAUUCAAGACUCAUUAACCCUAUUGGGAGAUGGGGCCAUUCCUGCUAUGACCCUGAUUCUUGGAGGAAACUUACUUAAAGGAAUGAGGAGGUCGGAAGUGAGGAGUUCAGAAAUGAAAAACUCCUGCAUUAUCGGCGUCUUGGUAGCUCGUUACAUUUUGCUACCUGUAAGCGGUGUUUUACUCGUGAGAGGAGCAUACAAGUUGGAUUUAGUAACCUCAGAACCCUUGUACCAAUUCGUUCUUCUUCUUCAGUAUGCUGUCCCACCAGCCAUGAAUCUAGGUACAAAGACCCAAUUAUUCGGCGCUGGGGAGAGUGAAUGCUCUGUGAUUAUGCUUUGGACUUACUCUUUGGCUGCAGUUUCACUCACUGUUUGGCCAACAUUCUUCAUGUGGCUUGUGACAUAAAUCCCCACACUCGAUCUUGUUAUAUGUAUCCAUUUAUUCAAGAACUUAUUCUUAGACUUCCAGAUGACUGGAUCAUUAUAAUUGCGAAUAGUCUUAA